UUGAGCGUAGUGAAUUAUGAACAGAGAAAAGGGCGGGUUACUUAAUGGAGAGAAAGGGACAGAGAGUCGUCUUGUGUACGAAGGAAUUCAUGCACACAAAAGCUCGUUUCCCCUCAAAAACGAAGGAACAGAGGUGAAAGAAUGAAGAAUGUCCAAAUUAGACCGUCAAACUCGGCCUCAACUUUCCUAUCCUCUCUCUUUAGAUUUGCGGAGGGGGGUUUUUUUUUUCCGAGAAAAAGAAGCGCACCAGAUGGAGUCCACAAGCACUUGCGAUAUGAAGACGCGGCUAGCUUUUGACUUGCGCGACUUCGGCUGCCGAACUUUUGAAGGAAUUGGCAUUUAAGAUUGGACGGGCUGUUGCACCUUUCCCAGAGUCGUCAGUAACCACCAGAAUGGAUCUGUGACUGAUCAAAUUGCGGAAUGGAGAAGCUUGGGAGCUCAGAUUCCAGGCAGAAUCACACCGCCGACGAGUGGCAGACGGUGGCGCACCUGGCCUUCCACGCCGUGCUCUUGUCCGCGGUUGCUCUGCUAUUCCUGCUCCACUUCCCGUCUUCCCUCACCCUCCGCCUCCUCGGCGCUCUCUCUGGCUCCCUCGCCGCACUCGCCGCGCUCUGCCUCCUCCGCUCCGCCGCCGCGGCCGUCCGUUCCUCCCUGGCCGAGCGGACCGCCCGGCGGAUGGUGGCCGCCGUCCCGGACUGGUCGGCGGUGCGCACCGCUCUCGACGUCGGGUGCGGCGCCAGCGGGGGCACGCUCCUCAGCGCCGUGGCGAGGCAGAUGAAGAAGGAGGGCUCCGGGGGGCGGGUGGUGGGGGUGGACCGGCGGCGGGAGACGGCGGUGGCGGUGCUGCGGCGGGCGGGGGACGAGGGGGUGCGGGAGCACGUGACGUGCCGGGAGGGGGACGCCCGGAGGCUGCCUUUUGCCGACGGGUACUUCGACCUGGUGGUGUCGGCGAGCAGGCUGAAGAAGGCGGAGGAAGGGGUGGCGCUGGCGGAGCUGGUGCGGGUGCUGAAGCCCGGCGGGGUCGGAGUGGUGUGGGGUCUGUUGCGGGGGCCCUGGUACGCGCAGCGGCUGCGGGACAUGCGGAUGGAGGACAUCCGCCUCGCCGACGCCGGCCUACGGCGAAGCCACAUCGUCUCGUUCCAUAAGCCCAUGCAGAUCUUGGAACAGGACCAGUUCAACUCGCCGGCUGCGGCCGUCGACAUCUGCUGAUCCAUGGAUCGUCCUCCACUUCACGCAGUCCCUCGAAAGUGUAAACCCUCGAAAGUGUAAAUGUCACAAACUGGCGAAUGUAAUUUCAAAGAAGUGAAAGUUCCCAGGACA